UGAUGGUUGUUCUUUCUGAAAUUGUAGAAACAUGUUCAUCUUCUGUAUCGAUUAAUUAUCACUACGACGUGUUUUUAAGUUUUAGAGGCAUCAACACUCGUUGUAACUUCACAGAUCACCUCCACAAGGCCUUGUUGGAUGCUGCUAUCAACACCUUUUUUGAUGAUGUUGAGAUCCAAACCGGUGAAGAUCUAAAACCGGAACUGGAGAGUGCAAUUAAAGCAUCAAGGGCUUCUAUCAUCGUGUUGUCCAAGGAUUAUGCUUCUUCCACAUGGUGUCUUGACGAACUGGUAUUGAUCCUGGAGCAACGUAGGACCUCCAAACAUAUCGUAAUCCCCAUCUUCUAUCACGUCAAGCCUGCUGAUGUUAGGAAGCAACAAAGCAGUUUCGGAGAUGCAAUGACGAAGCAUAAACAAAAGAUGGAGACAGAGCCAAAUGAAAAGAAGAAAAAUCAAUGGGCACAAAAGAUGAAGCUAUGGGAGGAAGCACUUACAGAAGUUGCUAACAUGAAAGGGGAGGAAGCAAAUGGCAGGCGAGAGACGAUACUUAUUGAAGAAAUUGUGAAAGAAAUCAGCAACCGAUUAGAGAUACACAAACGGAGUAAAAUUCCUCACCUAAUCGGGAUGGAAUCUUCAGUUAGAACCGUUACUUCAUUUUUGAAAGACGGGUCCUCACAUAGCACUGGAAUUCUCACAAUCUCGGGGAUGGCUGGCAUCGGGAAGACAUAUUUGGCAAAAUAUAUUUUUAAAUUGCACUAUCUUGAUUUUGAAAGAAGCAGCUUUCUUGAAGAUAUCCAAAGGAGUAGUAAGAAACCAAAUGCAUUACUUGAUUUACAAAAACAACUCCUUAAAGACAUUCGAGACAUAACCUGGAUGGACAUACAUGAUGUUAACGUGGGCACCUCUAAGAUUGAGAAACUACUUCAUAGGAAAAGAACACUUCUUGUUCUUGAUGAUAUCGAUCAUUUUGAGCAGUUGGAUGUGUUAAUUGGAAAAACACACCUUCAUCCAGGAAGCAGAAUCAUAGUUACAACCAAAGAGGCAUCUUUAACAGAGAAGUGUAGGUUGUUUGAAACAGAAGUUGCACCAAAGCAUAAGAAGCACAUGCUUGAAGGCUUAAACCAAAAGGAAUCACUACAACUUUUAAGUUGGCAUGCGUUUGGAGGCAAUUAUCCCAAGGAAAACUAUAGAAAUGAAGCAACAAAGGUUGUGAAUUAUUGUGGAGGAAAUCCCUUGGCUCUUACAGUUUUGGGUAGUUCUUUACUUAAGGAGGAUGUAGCUGCAUGGGAGGAUACCAUAGAAUUGCUACAGAAGGAAACUAAUCCUAAAAUACAACAGGUUUUGCAAAUAAGCUUUGAUUCUUUGCCAUCUGAAAAUGAUAAGGAAUUGUUCAAGCACAUUGCUUGUUUUUUUGUUGGAAAAGAUAGGGAAUUCACUGAAGCAAUACUAAGGGAGUGUGGUAUGAGCACAAAAUUUGGGUUCUCCAAGCUCAUUGGUAGAUGUCUCCUCACUGUUGGACCAAGAAAUAAGUUGAUGAUGCACCAACUGCUUCAAGAGCUGGGGAGAGAUUUAGUUCGUCAAGAAUCAAUUGAGAAGCCAUGGAAGCGUAGUCGAUUAUGGCAUCAUAAAGAAUCAUAUGAUGUGUUGAAGCAAGAAAAGGGGACAGGAAAAAUUCAGGGCCUUGUCCUUGACAUGAAAAUGAUUGAGAAUCAUACAUCACAUGGAACAAGUAGUUCUACCAACGAAAAGACUGGAUAUGAUCUCCGCAAGAACUUUGGAGCAUCUCCACUACUUCAUCGAGUUUGUGAUAUUUUCUUAUGGAUUUGGUGCUUAUUUGCUUGGGUUUUCUUAUUGCGUUCCUCCAAUCGUAACAUGAAACAUGAGAUUAAAACAAACGCAUUUUGUGCAAUGGAUAAACUAAGACUACUUCAACUUCACUAUGUACGACUCCAAGGGUCGUAUGAGCAUUUUCCUGGAGGUUUAAGAUGGUUGUCUAUGCAUGGAUUCCCUUUAAGUUAUGUGCCUUUGGAUUUGAAAAUGGAGAACAUGGUUGCUCUAGACAUGUCUUAUAGCAAUCUGCAACAUCUUUGGAAGAAGCCCAAGUUGCUUGGGUCAUUGAAGUUUCUUAUCUUGAGAUAUUGUCAUGAGCUUGUGAGCGUGGGUCACUUCGAGGGGUUCCCUUUACUCGAAAGAUUGAUAGUCGCAGGAUGUGUGAGUUUGGUUGAGGUGUGUGAGACAAUUGGGAAUUGUGUUAGACUUUUUCUCCUUGAUGUGAGUGGAUGUACCAAGCUUAAAAAGCUUCCAAGAAGCAUAGGAAAGUUGAAAAACCUUAGAACACUAUUAAUAGAUGGUUGUUCAAAUCUUGGUGAAUUUCCAGUGGAGAUGAAGGAUAUGAAGUCACUAGAGGUGUUAACAGCGGAUAAUAUAAACAUGGAAUCCCGAAUGUCGUCAUCUGUCAUUAUUCCUAGAAGUUUCAAGCCUUUUGCGAUCUCGUUACCAAGAUCAUUAGUAAGAUUGUCGCUUAGAAAUAAUAAUUUGUCUAACGAAUCCUUCCAUGUGGAUUUUGGUAGCCUAUCAAUGUUGGUGGAAUUAGAUUUAAGUGGGAACCCAAUUGAUUCCCUCCCCCAUUGUGUAAGAAGUCUUAGUAGGCUGGAGUUUCUUAGUCUUGGUGGAUGUCGUCGUCUAAAAACCGUCUUGUGUGCUCCAAGCACACUAAAACGUUUGAUAAUGUCUACGUGUGAGUCAUUAGAGAAAAUAACAUUUCAAUCACAAAUGUCAACACAACCAUAUAUCGAAUAUGAAGACAGAACGUUAUUGACCGAGAUUGAAGGCACAUUCAAGAUGCAAACUAUAGCAGAAGUUGAUGAAGAGAUAUUAUGUAGAUUGGGUUGGAUGAAUGUUCAACAACAUGUGAAAGAUCAGAAGUUGCCGAUGAAAAACUACAUUUCUUGGGCUGGCUUUCACCAAAUACCUCAAGUUCUUCCUGUACAGAUGCUUUAUGAAUCUGGGAUAUUCAGCACAUUUUUUCAAGGGAGCUGGUUCCCAGAUUGGUUGACAUAUAUAACCACCUCUUCGAAACUAUGUUUUACCUUGCCAUCAUCCGAUAAGAAAUGUAAGAUUCGAGGGCUAAAUCUGUGCGUUGUCACUGGAGUAACUUCAAGCACCCUGCGUGCCCCAUACCCAAGGGUUGAACUAAGGAAUUUGACAAAGAAUUACAAGUGGAGAUACACGCCUCUAAGGUGUGUUAUCCCAGAACCUAAUAUAAGAAGUAUAGUAUGGUUAAGCCAUUGGGUGUUUGAGAACAAUGAGUUUGAAGACGGUGAUGAAGUUGUUAUUCAGGCCCUUGUUGAUCUUGGUAGUGAACGUGCCUACAAGGUUUUUGGUUUAGAUCAAUAUUACCAUCAGGCUUGUGGCGCGAGCGUUGUGUACGACGAUGAAAACAAAAAGGAAGAAGAUUCGUUGGCUUAUUACAAGUCAUGGAAACGCAACAUUGUUGAUGAUGAAACAUUGCGCGGUGGUUGUGUCUACUUCACAGACAGUUUAAAAUGAUUGUAAUGAUUCAACAACUAUUAUCAUAAAUGGAUCUUUGUCUCAGCAAGUUCAGCCUGCAACGAAUAGAUUUUGGUAAACCUCCCAUUUUUCUUGCAAUUUUCUGAUCCAUUCAACCUCUAACACACCAAUAUGUUACUUCCUACUACGUUUGAAAGUCGGCCAAUAACUAGACCAUUGGGUUUGUACGCUCUGUCACAAUUAAAUGGUUUGUAUUUGAAACUCUCUGUAUAUUUACGAAUUUACCAUUGUCUUUGUUAAAAUACAAAGCUCAUAGGACUUAUAGCCUCGUUGUUAAAUGUUUGAAAUGCAGCAUAUGAUUGAUCA